AUGUUGCAGAUGGCAUUGAUGCAUAGGCCUAAUGAGAAACGGAAGGUGGCCAGACGCGCAUGUCUGGCGUGCCGGGACAAGAAGAUCAGGUGCGAUGGGGAGGCGCGGGCGGAGCGUGGCGGGGAUCCUGCGGUGUGCUCGAACUGCGCGCUGCAGCGCCUGGAGUGCGUCUUCGUGCGCUCGCAGAGGGGAGGGCGGCGGCCUCCGAAGAAACAAUUGCCGCAUACCAAGUUUCUGCUCCAGACGUUUGGGCCGAUGAGAAUGGCGGAGGCGAAGCUCGACAGGGGCGCGAGCCGGGUACGUCUGGCACCGCCGUUCACGCAAUCGCGGAGUCGCGAUUGCAUGGAUGAUGAGCUGAGGGACCCGCGAUACUGCUUGCAGGUAGCCCCACUAGAAACAGCAGCCCCGUCGACUCCCAUGCGCGAGUUUAGUACAGCCUCGAAUCUAGGAAGGUGCCAGCGAUACCUGCUCCCGCCGCACGUGCCCCAUUCAGGGCCGCGCUCAUCGCCAGUCGCCCAGCCAGGCCAGUGCAUGCAGCCUCCCGUUUCGGGAGGCACGGCGUUCCCGAAAUUGCCCAUUGAGCAGCCCAUGCCCCCACACGCAGCCUUCCACCCUAGCACAUGCGCUGCGAGUCUGAAGCCUUCUCGUAGGGCAUCAUUGGGGGUGGGAAGCUCACCGUCAGCAUUUCCCUUGCCGUUCACAAGCCAUGCUGUGCGACCAAUGACCAUGACUAACCCUGCAGUUCAAUUGAUGUCCUCGAAAGACUCUGCGGCUGGCAGCACCCAGUGCCGAAGCUCAUGUAACACCGACACACGACUAUCUCCUUUUACCUCGUCUAUGACAUUGAAUACUGUGCACAAUAACACUGUGCGUUCCAGUGACGCGGCACAGUACUCCGUUGGCCGCUACCACGCUGACUUUGGCUCUCUUCCAUCGGAAGUGGUUGAACAGUGUAUUGAUGCGUAUUACAUAUAUGUUGAACCGCAUUUGCGGCUGCUUUCAGACUCUGAGGAACGCCCUGAGAAUGUUGGCACACUGAACUCUGCUGUACAAAGCGCCAUCUUUUUAUGUGCAUCACCUUAUGUCAAACAUAGUAUUACCUACGAUUCAGCGUAUUUCUUAGAUAUGUUGAGGAAAAGCUGGCAUAAACUGGAGAAUGAAUAUGCAAUUGUGCAGCAUGUUUUACUUCUUUGUUACUUCUAUUUGAAUCAUACCCCAUUAUCAGGCAACUGCAAGUCCACGAUAGAGAAACUAAUUCGCAUCCUAAUACUUGGCAAGGUCCCGGAUUCUUUAGCUCGAAAACACACGGAUAUGCAGCUUGCACAGUUUGUGCCGCGUGCCAUGGCUGAGAACUGUGCUCAUAUGCUGCAAUUGCUGUGCCGCGUUUUCUACCUCCUCCAGAAGAUAAUGCUUUUCUCGCAGGAUUCAAAAUGGCUGGCAUCGCUCCUGAGCUCGUUGAAUGUUGAUAAUUUAAUGAAGGCAUUCAUACCAGUUGGUGUACCAACAAGCUACAAAUACACUGGUAAGCUAUUCUCCACCAAAUCCCACCUGCCUUCAACCGAACAUAUGCUUCAUGUACUUUACAGCUCUUGGCAAGAGGGCAGGAUACCUAACAAUGAAUUUAUUGGCACGCUUCAACAAAUGCAGCCUAGCAUUAAUGCAAACGUCUACAGACUCGGUGAUAUGAAUACAAUCCACCUGCAAUCUAUCUCGAAUUUAAACGUUAAAGUUGUUUCGGAUAGUAUGCUUCUUCGAUACCUCAGCUGCUGCAGUCGAGAUGGGAUAAAGUUCCAACUUGACUUGAGAGCACCAGAUUCUGAUGUGUCCAUGCAAAGCGCUCACGGAUUUUUAACACGGAUACUUUCAGACUUGGAUGCCUGGACUAUCCGUCAGUUACUGCUUCAGCUGUUUAUUCUAGCGGAUAUCCUCUAUUCGCUAGGCCUGGCCGCAAAUGGGAUGCCUUCUACAAGGCUCCCUGAUAUGAAAUCCAGAUACAAUAUGUCCCAACCCUCGAGGAGCAAAAGAAGUAAUGCCAUUUCAUGCUCGUCCUCCAACUCACCGUUGUCGACGGAAGAAACUCAUGGCUUUCGAACUGAGGUUUGGUGUGAUGAAGAAUACAUUUCAAAGAAGUCAAUACUACAACUUGAAGAGUCUAAUUCAAGCACAGAAAUGUUGCAUGGCGACGGUUCCGCAGGUGAAGCGGUCGGUGUAUCCUGCGGGCCCUACCCCGAAUUUUUUGAUAACCUCCUGGUAGACAUGCUACCUACCCUGGUAGUGAUUAUUCUUCUAUUCAGUAACUACGUGGUGCCACAGUAUGCUGGUGGUAAAUGGACAUUCAAAUCCCCAGCUAAAAGAAGAAUCCCUAUAGGAGAUAUGACUUUUAACGGUGAAUUCAAAGAUAUAUGCUCGGGAACUCUUUUAUUCCAUACAAUUCCCGCAGAAGAUAUAACCCAAGAUGUGGUUUUUCAAAUGUUAGAUACCAUUAUUAACGGAAGGUCUAUAUUAUGCCAGCUGCGUUCGUAUGCAGAUACCGUGGUUGUAAAAUCUCAAAGGCUCAAUUACAAUAGUGCCAUAAGUCGGAACCUCACAAAAUUACUUGCGCUCCUUGGAGCAGUUGUAUAA